GCAGCCCAAACUGGUGGCCUCCUGCUCAGCACCAGUAUGAAGUGGGCACCGUUAUCAAACCUGCACAUUGAUGUUCCAAGGGAUUUGACCAAACCUACGAUAACCACUUCCGAUGAGACAGACACAUUGUAUGAACGCCUGUCCAUUUUAGUGAAAGCUCAUGACAAGGCUGUACUAGACCGUUUUGAGUAUUUUGCCGUUCUCGCUGCUAAAGAACUUGGCAUUUCUAAUAAUGUACACGAACCACCAAGGAAAAUAGAGCGAUUCACUCUUCUCAAGCCAGUGCACAUUUUUAAGAAGCACAGAGGUCAGUAUGAGAUGAGGACGCUCUACAGAUGGUUAGAGUUAAAACACCUGACUGGGUGCACAGCCAACGUCUACUUGGAAUAUAUCCAGCGGAACUUACCCGAAGGAGUUGCCAUGGAAGUAACAAAGACACAGAUACAGCAGUUGCCAGAACAUACCAAGGAGCCAAUGUGGGAAACCCUCACUGAGGAAAAAGAAGAAAGCAAGUCGUAG